UUUAUUUAACCACCCGAUCCAUGGUCAUACUGCUUUCUCAAAUAUAAUUAUAAACUUAAUAAAUUUCUACCAAGAAACCAAAAAAAAAGACAAAAUGCCGAAUGUUUUUUUUGAAGAACAAAUUGGAAAACGAUUGGAUCGUUGUGUCUCCGACACAUUAGUCAAAGGAUGUGGUGGCCUUUUUAUUGGAUCUGCCGCGGCCUUGUUAUUUUUUAAAAGACGAGCAUGGCCCGCAUGGGUUGGAGCUGGAUUUGGUAUCGGCGUCGCGUAUAAAACAUGUGAAAAGGAUUUAAUUUCUUUGAAGUGAAGAUGAUAUCAUGUAAAUUCAAAUAAACCAUUUAUUAUUGAUUGACUACUUUUA